CCUACGGCCACCUCCCUCAACGCCCCUUACCGUGGCCUUCCCUCUGCUAUAACCUGCUCAUCGUCGCUCAUCACCGUCUCCUUCUCCUUGCUUAUUGCUUCCCGCGUCCUCUUGUUUCUUUUCCACCUCCUUGCUGUUCUUUUGAGCGUUUUCAGAGACAAGUUUGGCCUGAAAAUUGCUACUUGAAUGGUAGAUAUGGUUGACUUAAUCUCUCAAAAUGCUGUUCCGAAGGAUAGGGUAGAUAAGAGUAAAAGGAAGGCUUAUGAUGAGCCUUCGGGUAUUGAUAGCUCGGAACCGGUUGAUGAUGGGCUGGUGUCUGAUUUGCAAAAAGUUGCAAGUCACAGGAAGAGAAAGAAAGAGCGGAAGGAAGACAAUAAGAAAGUAGAGAUUGAGCAAGAGAGGGAAAUGAAGAACUUAGAGAAUUUUUUGUUUGGUUCCUUGUAUUCUCCCACUGAAUUUGGUAGAGAUGAAGAUGAAGAAGUUGGACAGGAGGUGGAUGACAGCGCUGCUAUGUUUUUUGUGGACCGUUCUGCAAAUAGUGCUUUGUCUGUCUAUAAAGAGGAUGCGGACUCAGCUGAGACUAGUGAUGAAGAGGAUGCUAAGCAGAAGAAGCCUGUGUGGAUAGAUGAAGAGGAGGAGAGAACCAGUGUAAACAUAGCUAAAGUGAACCGACUGCGGAAGCUGAGGAAAGAAGAGGAUGAGAGUGUGAUAUCUGGUUCUGCUUAUGUGUCGAGAUUGAGGGCUCAUCAUGCUAAGUUAAACCCGGGUACUGAAUGGGCCAACCUUGAGAGAAAUUAUCGCUCGGAUGAUGAAGAUUCAGAUGAUGAGGAAGGUUACACGGGUGUUGAAGGCAUUACUGACAUCCUUCGAACAGAUGAGGAUCUAGUUGUGAAGAGCGGCACGAAACUUUUACCUGGACUUCUUGAGUAUUCAAGAUUGGUUGAUGCCAAUGCAGAAGAGCCUUCAGGUGGUCCAAUCAAUUCAGUUCAGUUUCAUAGGAAUACCCAAUUGCUCCUUACUGGUGGACUGGAUAGAAGGCUGAGGUUCUUCCAGAUUGAUGGCAAAAGAAACACCAAAAUACAGAGUAUCUUCAUAGAUGAUUGUCCAAUUCGAAAGGCAUCUUUUUUGCCUGAUGGGUCUGCGGUUAUUGUUUCGGGGAGAAGAAAGUUCUUUUAUAGUUUUGACCUGGUGAAAGCGAAGGUUGAUAAAAUAGGUCCGCUAACAGGAAGAGAAGAGAAGAGCUUGGAAGUAUUUGAGAUAUCACCUGAUUCUGAUACUAUUGCUUUUCUCGGCAAUGAAGGUUAUAUUUUGUUAGUUUCGACCAAAACAAAGGAAUUGAUUGGGACGCUCAAAAUGAAUGGAACAGUCCGUUCAUUAGCUUUUACCAAUGAUGGGCGUCAAUUGCUAAGCUCAGGUGGGGAUGGGCAGAUUUACCACUGGGACUUGAGAACAAGGGCGUGCGUUCAUAAAGGUGUUGAUGAAGGUUGCAUAAAUGGUACGUCUCUUUGCACUUCCCCGAGUGGAAAUCUGUUUGCAGCCGGUUCGGACAGCGGAAUUGUUAACGUCUACAACAGAGAUGACUUCUUAGGGGGAAAGAGAAAACCAACCAAGACCAUUGAGAAUUUGACGACAAAAGUAGACUUUAUGAAAUUCAACCAUGAUGCUCAAAUAUUGGCCAUUUGUUCUAGCAUGAAAAAGAACAGCUUAAAAUUGGUCCACGUUCCAUCGUUUACUGUUUUUUCAAACUGGCCUCCAUCAAACAGAACCCUGCACUAUCCCAGGUGCAUAGACUUCAGUCCUCAUGGAGGUUUUAUGGCAAUGGGAAAUGCUGGUGGGAAGGUGUUGUUGUAUAAGUUGCAUCACUACCAUAAUUCCUAGUUAAGUUUCUUGUUCAAAACAAUUGUCUGUGGAUGAGCUGGAGAACUCUUCGAGUAAUUUGCUUUUAGUAGAUCAGUUUCGCGAGUUCCAGGGCACCAGCAGAAUCCAUGGCAUUGGUAUGCAUGAGCUAUGUCCCCAGUAAAAUACUCAUUCUCCGAAUAGGUAUCGAGUUUCCACAAUGCCAUGAAGAAGAGAAAGCUGUGAAAUUUCAGAGCCUAGGUGCAUGAAUCGAAGCCUUUUUCCCAUCCUAUAUACUCCUACUUUUCUGCUGUUUAUCAUUGGCGUCAAUGUUGCAUUACAAGUCUUUCAACACUUGCAAGGCAAGAAUGCUAUAAUAGAUCCAGGAAUGUAUUUCACUUUACCAUGAUCAGUUUACGUUAGUGUUGCUGUUGCUGCAUCAAUGUUACGCCUAGCUUGCUUGAUGUUA